AAGGCAUUUCUUGGGGACCCCAAUAAAGAAAAUAAUCGUCAUCAUGCACUGUUCAUUUCGGUCAUCCAGUGAUGCCUACGCCAAUCUUAUAGAUAUGUACGCUCAUGAUCGAGCACUGAAAUCAGGAAAACUACUUCAUGCGCACCUGAUCAUCAAUGGGUUGGCUCGUUUGACUUAUUUGGCCACUAGGUUGAUAACAUUUUAUGCAGAGUGUGACCAAACAUCAGACGCUCGUAAAUUGUUCGAUAAAAUUCCCAAAUCGAAUGUCCACAGUUGGAUUUCAAUCACAAGGGCAUAUAUCCGACGUGGGUAUUAUCAGGAAGCAAUGAAUGUUUUCUCUGAAAUGCAAGUAGAAGGUUUGGGAGUCGACAGAUAUCUUAUCCCCAGCAUUUUGAAAGCUUGUGGGCAUGUUUUGGAUCAUGAAACAGGAAAGAAAAUCCAUUGCUUGUGCCUGAAGAAAUCUUUUGAAAGUGAUGCUUUUAUUACCACUUCCCUCAUUGAUAUGUACUCAAAAUGUGGGCAAGUUGAUAAGGCGAAAAAAGUGUUCAAUGGGAUGCUUAACAAAGAUUUGGUAGCUCUGAAUGCUGUUGUUUCAGGAUAUGCUCAAAAGGGGACUGCAGAAGAAGGGUUACGUUUGGUGGAGGAGAUGAAAUUUAUAGGAGUUAAGCCUGAUGUAGUUACUUGGAACACUUUGAUUGCUGGGUUUUCAAAGAAAGGUGAUAAUCUAUUGGUGUCUAAAGUUUUUGAACUGAUGUCGGUGGAUGGGAUCGAGCCAGAUGUUGUAUCUUGGACUUCUGUCCUAUCGGGGCUUGUGCUGAAUUUUAGAUACGACGAGGCUUUUGAUACCUUUAAGAAUAUGAUGAAACAAGGGUUAUAUCCGAGCUCAGCUACCAUUAGUAGUCUUUUGCCUGCUUGCAUGAAUGCAGUGAAUUUGAAGCGUGGGAAAGAGGUUCAUGGAUAUGCAAUUGUGAUUGGAGUUGUAGAUGACGUUUAUGUAAAGAGUGCACUUGUCGAUAUGUAUGCAAAGUGUGGCUUUAUAUCUCAAGCAAAAACUUUAUUUUGUAAAAUGUCUGAAAAGAGCAUUGUUACCUGGAACUUGAUGAUUUUCGGGUAUGCGAAUCAUGGAUACUGUGAGGAAGCAGUCCAGCUUUUUAAACAAAUGGAGGGAGAAGGGAAGAAGCCGGAUUACUUGACUUUUGUAGCAGUCCUCAGUGCUUGUUGCCACUCUGGCUUGGUCGAGCUUGGAAAGAGUUUAUUCGACUUGAUGCAAGAGAAGUACAAGAUUUCACCGAGGUUAGAACAUUAUGCUUGUCUAGUAGAUCUUAUAGGUCGAGCCGGGAAACUUGAUGAGGCUUAUGAUGUUAUUAAGACAAUGCCUAUGGAACCAGACUUAUUUGUAUGGGGAGCUCUAUUAGGAGCAUGUAGGAACCAUGACAAUAUUGAUCUUGCUGAACUAGCAGCUAAGCAUCUGCGGGAGCUUGAGCCUGGUAGCAAAGGAAACAAUCUGCUGUUGGCGAAGUUAUAUGCUGAUAUUGGCAGUUGGGGAUAUGUUGAAAAGUUGAAGAGGAUGAAGAAAAAGAAGCUGGGAAAGUUUCUAGGGUGUAGCUGGAUAGAAGGUUCCUAAUUACGUUGAAAGAAAAAAAAGUGUUUUUCCACCCAGAACGAUCGGCAUAUCUCAUGCUUUAUGUUAUGAUUUUCUCGAGCUCACUUGUCUGUGCUCCCUUAUCGGCUG